AUGAAGUUCUCAGCCUUCUUCGCCGCCGUGGCCCUGUUGGGUCAAACCACCUUGGCCACCAGUCUCCCGAGGUGCUCACCCUACUCUCACACCCCAUGCAAAUGCCCUCCCGGCACAGACUACUCCGAGUCCGUGACCUUCAGCGUCAUUGGCGCCAACGCGAAGGAUGUUGAAGCCUUGAUGAAUGACUACUACGAGUGUGGCUGGCUUGGCGCCCUGCCCUGGAAGACCCAAGGCCCGAACAACCGGCCCCACGUCUCGAUCCGCACCACCGAGUUCCCCACGCCGAUCGGGGUCUAUAAUGUUUCCGAGAUCUUGAACGAGUACCGCGUCAAACGCGACGGCUCCUUCAUCCAGAAAUUCGAGCAGCUGCCUUCCACCGUUCCCCUCGAGUACCACGACGGCUCGGGCUCCUUCAGCGGCUACUGGGUUACCCUUGAAGCCACUAGCAUCUUCAAGUAUGAAACGCUUGUGAGAUGGAGCAUCUAUGCUUGCGAGACUGGACAUGCUCGAAACUUUGCUAAGUUCCACGAGAUUGCUCUCGCCAAUGCUACCAGCAUCUUGGAAUCCAGAGGGGUCAUUCAUGGCAUCAAUGUCGACCCUGUUUCUGUCCAGGAGUUUUGA